GAAGUCCGGAGAUGAGAAGCUUGCACUUCAGAAGUGGAUUUAUAAUUAUUUGGUUGUUGCUGCUUGGUAUGGUCACGCGGAAACUCACCAUUUGUUCUGCAGUGAGGGAACCCAGGACUGAGCCUCCCCACCCUGGACGGAGCCGUCCAGUGCCUACUAACAGCCGUUCGACUGGGAAGCAGAGACUGGCGGCCGCCCGGAGCCACAUGACUGCCACCUUUCCUUCUGGGUCUUUGUACAAUUCUGUGAUAUAGGUACUGCAAGUAUUAUCUCUAUUUUGAGAUGAGAUGAGAUGAGAUGAGAAAACUGAAGCUGAAAGAAGUUAAGUGACUUGUCCAGGAUCAUACAGCUAAGGGAAUACUAAGCAUCCUAAGGACCAGAACACUGAAGAAAAUAUAGAAGUUGCUAAGGUGUUCUGUUCAGAUCUGGAUACUAUAUCUCGACAAGGAUACCCAUAUUUUCUUAAAGAAAAUUCUAAAUGGAUUUGGCCCUUUGUCACUGAGACAUAUUCCUUUGGACAGAUGAAAUGACUAAAUAUAGAUUACUAUCUAGAACUCUGAAUUUUUUUCACUUCAAGAGGAAGAACUGGUUCUUGUUGAAAUUUGGAUUUUUUGUCUUUGCUCUGAUUGUGUUUUGUGAAUAUAUAAUUUAUUAUUUAGUGAUCUUUCAGUGUCGCUGGCCAGAAGUGAAAACUGUAGCUUCUGGAAACAAAGAACAGACUCCUGAACCUGUGCUGAAGGUUAUAUUUUUAGCUGAUACACACUUGCUUGGGGAAGUAAAUGGACAUUGGUUGGACAAAUUACGACGGGAAUGGCAAAUGGAAAGGGCCUUUCAGACAGCCCUAUGGUUACUACAGCCAGAGGUUGCCUUUAUUCUGGGGGAUGUCUUUGAUGAAGGCAAGUGGAGUUCCCCUGAGGCCUGGGCUGCUGAUGUGGAAAGAUUCCGGAGAAUGUUUCGACAUCCACCUCACACACAACUCAUAGUCGUUGUUGGCAACCAUGAUAUUGGCUUUCAUUAUGAGAUGAACACUUAUAAACUACAACGAUUUAAGAAGGUUUUUGACUUUGGGGAAUUUUUUUCUAUAAAAGGGAUUAAUUUUGUUAUGGUGAAUAGUGUAGCCAUGGAGGGAGAUGGUUGUAAUAUCUGCUCUUCAAUGGAAGCCCAACUCAUUAAGCUAUCUCACCUACUGAAUUGUUCCAGACAGGAGAACCAUUCCAGCCCAAAGUGUUUUGGUGUUCAACAGCUUUCAGCAUCAGCUCCUAUCCUUCUCCAGCAUUAUCCUCUGUAUCGGAGAAGUGAUGCUGAAUGCACUGGGGAAGAUUCUGCUCCUCCAGAGAAAAAGAACAUCUUAUUUCAAGAGAGAUAUGAUGUACUUUCUAAAGAGGCUUCCCAAAAGCUUCUCUGGUGGUUUCAGCCUCGCUUAAUUUUAAGUGGUCAUACUCACAGUGCCUGUGAAGUGCUACAUGAUGGAAAAAUCCCUGAAAUCAGUGUUCCAUCUUUCAGUUGGAGAAACAGAAACAACCCCAGUUUCAUUAUGGGCAGCAUAACAUCAGUAGAUUAUUCCCUCUCCAAAUGUUUCCUUCCACUUGAGCAUACAGUCCUGACUAUCUACUGCACAGCAGGUAUUUUGGUGGCUUUGUUAUUAUUAACUCACUGUCAGCCUUUGUAACACCACCAUUUCUUUUCAUCUCAUUUCAUUCGGUUGAUACGUAAUCAGAAAGCAUAAGGCAAUGUGAAGAGCAGGACAUUUCUGCGUUUAGUAACAAAUACCAAAGCGGAAAACAACUGAACUUCAGGCUGUAUUCAUGUCAGAGAAUGACCUAACUGGACGAGUCCAGAUGCAGGCCAUCCAUUUUUAUGCACAUCAUAGAAAUUCUAAACAAUUGAUAUGAAUUACUACAGGAUAAAUAGUUGAUUGAAAUGUUUUCAUGCUGUAAAAAAAAAAAAAAAAGUAACAAGUAUCCUACAAUAAAUUGAACUGUUUUCUUGCUAUAUAAUUUUUAUCAAAUAUAUGUAUACUCAGAUUGUAUCUGUACAACAUGUAAGUCCUAUUAGCCUCAUAACUUGCAUGCACUACAAACUCCUACCUUCCACGGAUGGAACUUACAACCCAGAAACACACUGGCAGUAGUGUAUGUACAUAUCAGUGGGUGUGGCUUCUGUUCUAGUAUGACAUUUCCCUCAGAUUCCUAAAUUUUAUAAAGCUGUACAUCUAGAAGGGGAAGCAGAUUCUCCUUUAGAUACUACAAGAGCAGGAAAAUAUUGUUUGGUAGAAUUCUACUUUUUUUUCUGCUGAAACAGGAUUAUUAUUAUUAUUAUUAUUAUUAUUGUUUAAAUAGGUAUAAUUAGUUCUCUAUGAGACAAUUUUUAAUCCCAU